AUGCCAACACACAAGGAGAACAAUCUCCCCCACAUCCACCGGUACAUAACCACGCACAACACCGACGGCGAAGCAGUUUUUGUCUCCCACGCACAAAUACCCGACUACAUGCCCUCGAAGCCAGCCGGCGAAGAUGGCGAGAUAGCGCUCCUGUACGCGACAACGAUCACGCCCACCAACGUUGACGACGAAGCUGAUAUCGCCAUGUACGAUGAAUUCCUGCAUCAGCCCCCCGGCAUAACGACUGAGGCUGGUACUGUGUUCCGCAUGGUAGAUCUCCGUCCUGGGAAGGUUACGCCUAUGCAUCGGACUGUUAGUUUGGAUUACGGGAUCGUGUUGGAUGGGGAGGUGGAUUUGACAUUAGAUUCUGGGUCGAGUCGGAUUUUAUAUCGAGGUGAUGUUUGUGUGCAGAGGGGUACGGCCCAUUCCUUUAGGAAUAAAAGUACUACGGAGUGGUGUCGCUUACUUUUCGUGUUCUUGCCGAUGCAGAUGCUUACUAUCAAGGGGCGGGAUUUGGAAACGGAGGUUUACGAUGCCCCUUAUGUGGAGCCAGAUGGGAAGAAAAGUAACUAG